CCGUCCAGCCGCCGGGAGCCGCGGGUCGGACGCGCUGCCGCCGCCUUCUCCGCGUCCAUGUAUGAGGGGAAGAAGACCAAGAACAUGUUCCUGACCCGGGCCCUGGAGAAGAUUUUGGCCGACAAGGAAGUGAAGAAGGCGCAUCACUCCCAGCUGCGCAAAGCGUGCGAGGUGGCGUUAGAGGAAAUAAAAGCAGAAACUGAAAAACAGAGUCCUCCUCAUGGAGAAGCAAAAGCUGGAUCAAGCACUCUUCCACCAGUGAAAUCAAAGACAAAUUUCAUUGAAGCAGACAAGUACUUCCUACCCUUUGAAUUGGCAUGCCAAUCCAAAUGUCCCCGCAUAGUUAGUACAUCUCUAGAUUGUUUACAGAAACUUAUUGCUUAUGGGCACUUGACUGGCAAUGCUCCAGAUAGUACAACACCAGGCAAAAAAUUAAUUGAUAGAAUUAUUGAAACAAUUUGUGGCUGUUUCCAAGGCCCUCAAACAGACGAAGGAGUUCAGUUGCAAAUAAUAAAGGCUUUACUUACUGCAGUAACAUCUCAACACAUAGAAAUUCAUGAAGGAACUGUACUGCAAGCUGUGAGAACAUGUUACAAUAUCUAUCUAGCAAGCAAAAAUCUCAUCAAUCAGACAACAGCCAAAGCUACUCUUACCCAGAUGCUAAAUGUUAUCUUCGCACGCAUGGAAAACCAAGCUCUGCAGGAAGCCAAACACAUGGAAAAGGAAAGGCACCGGCAGCAGCAGCAUCUGCUACAAUCUCCAGUCAGCCACCACGAGCCCGAGUCCCCUCCCCUCCGAUACCUGCCACCUCAGACUGUUGAUCACUUAUCCCAGGAACACGAAGGAGACCUUGAUCCUCACACAAAUGAUGUGGAUAAAAGCCUUCAGGACGACACUGAGCCUGAAAAUGGAUCUGAUAUUUCCAGUGCAGAAAAUGAACAGACUGAAGCAGAUCAGGCAACUGCAGCCGAAACAUUAUCUAAAAAUGAUAUAUUAUAUGAUGGAGAAAAUCAUGACUGUGAGGAAAAGCCACAAGACAUCGUACAGAGCAUUGUGGAAGAAAUGGUGAACAUCGUUGUUGGAGAUAUGGGAGAAAGAACUACUAUAAAUGCAAGUACAGAUGGCAACAGUGGAACUAUGGAGGAUGGUAGCGACAGUGAAAAUAUUCAAGCAAAUGGAAUUCCAGGAACACCAAUUUCUGUUGCAUAUACACCGUCCUUACCUGAUGAUAGAUUGUCUGUCUCUUCCAAUGAUACUCAGGAAUCUGGAAAUUCUUCAGGACCUUCACCUGGUGCUAAGUUUUCCCACAUUUUACAAAAGGAUGCCUUUCUAGUAUUCAGGUCAUUGUGCAAACUGUCAAUGAAACCGCUGUCAGAUGGACCGCCAGAUCCAAAGUCUCAUGAGUUACGAUCCAAGAUUCUUUCAUUGCAGUUACUUCUAUCCAUUCUGCAGAAUGCAGGACCCGUUUUCAGGACAAAUGAGAUGUUUAUUAAUGCUAUUAAGCAGUAUCUGUGUGUUGCACUCUCAAAAAAUGGAGUCUCAUCUGUUCCAGAGGUUUUUGAGCUUUCUCUUUCCAUAUUUCUAACUUUGUUGUCAAACUUCAAGACGCAUCUGAAGAUGCAAAUUGAGGUGUUCUUUAAAGAAAUUUUCCUAUACAUUUUGGAAACUUCUACCAGCUCCUUUGACCACAAAUGGAUGGUUAUUCAGACAUUGACAAGGAUUUGUGCAGAUGCUCAAAGUGUAGUGGAUAUUUAUGUAAACUAUGACUGUGACUUAAAUGCAGCAAAUAUAUUUGAAAGACUAGUAAACGAUCUAUCAAAAAUUGCUCAAGGUCGGGGCAGUCAAGAACUCGGUAUGAGUAAUGUUCAGGAAUUGAGCCUGAGGAAAAAAGGCUUAGAAUGCUUAGUGUCGAUUUUGAAGUGUAUGGUUGAAUGGAGUAAGGAUCAGUAUGUGAACCCCAACUCUCAGACAACUCUUGGUCAGGAAAAGCCCUCAGAACAAGAGACGAGUGAAAUCAAACACCCUGAGACAAUAAACAGAUACGGAAGUUUAAAUUCUCUGGAAUCAACAUCAUCAUCAGGAAUAGGCAGCUACAGUACCCAGAUGUCUGGCACUGAUAACCCAGAACAGUUUGAAGUCCUAAAGCAGCAAAAAGAAAUAAUAGAGCAAGGAAUAGAUUUAUUUAAUAAGAAACCAAAGAGAGGAAUACAGUACCUCCAAGAACAAGGGAUGCUUGGCACUACACCUGAAGAUAUCGCCCAGUUCUUACAUCAGGAGGAAAGAUUAGACUCCACUCAAGUGGGUGAGUUCCUGGGAGAUAAUGAUAAAUUUAACAAAGAAGUCAUGUAUGCGUAUGUGGACCAGCACGACUUUUCAGGAAAGGACUUUGUUUCAGCUCUUCGUAUGUUUCUGGAAGGAUUUCGUCUUCCAGGGGAAGCUCAAAAAAUUGAUCGAUUGAUGGAAAAAUUCGCUGCAAGAUACCUAGAAUGCAACCAGGGACAAACCCUUUUUGCUAGUGCAGAUACUGCGUAUGUUUUGGCUUACUCAAUUAUCAUGCUGACCACAGACCUUCACAGUCCACAGGUUAAAAAUAAAAUGACAAAGGAGCAGUACAUUAAGAUGAAUAGAGGUAUCAAUGACAGUAAAGACCUUCCUGAAGAGUAUCUAUCGGCCAUCUAUAAUGAAAUAGCUGGAAAAAAGAUAUCAAUGAAAGAAACAAAAGAACUAACGAUCCCUACAAAAUCAAGUAAACAAAGUAAGUAUCCAAAUCAAUUGAAUCCUGAUUCAGUUAAUCUCAGCAUGGAUUUGGAGUUGGCUUGGACGCCUUUCCUGGCUGCGUUUAGUGUGGGUCUACAGGAUUGUGAUGAUACUGAAGUAGCCUCUCUUUGCCUGGAAGGUAUAAGAUGUGCGAUCAGAAUUGCAUGCAUUUUCAGCAUUCAGCUGGAAAGAGAUGCAUAUGUCCAGGCGCUGGCGAGAUUCACCUUACUGACAGUGAGCUCUGGGAUUACGGAAAUGAAACAGAAGAACAUUGACACAAUAAAAACACUAAUCACAGUGGCUCAUACAGAUGGAAAUUAUUUAGGAAAUUCAUGGCAUGAGAUUCUGAAGUGCAUCAGUCAGUUGGAGCUUGCACAGCUUAUAGGAACUGGAGUGAAACCCCGGUACAUUUCUGGAACAGUGCGAGGCCGAGAAGGAUCUCUCACUGGAACAAAAGAUCAGGCUCCGGACGAAUUUGUGGGUCUGGGGCUAGUUGGAGGAAAUGUGGACUGGAAGCAGAUUGCAAGUAUUCAGGAAUCCAUUGGCGAAACCAGCUCUCAAAGUGUUGUUGUUGCUGUUGAUAGAAUAUUUACAGGGUCUACAAGGCUAGAUGGAAAUGCUAUUGUGGAUUUUGUCCGUUGGCUCUGUGCUGUGUCUAUGGAUGAAUUACUUUCCACUACACAUCCAAGAAUGUUUAGUCUACAAAAAAUAGUAGAAAUAUCAUAUUAUAACAUGGGAAGAAUAAGAUUGCAGUGGUCUCGAAUUUGGGAAGUUAUUGGAGAUCAUUUUAAUAAGGUUGGCUGUAAUCCUAAUGAAGAUGUAGCUAUUUUUGCGGUAGACUCUUUAAGGCAGUUGUCUAUGAAGUUCUUAGAGAAAGGGGAGCUUGCUAAUUUCAGAUUCCAGAAGGAUUUCUUAAGACCUUUUGAACAUAUAAUGAAACGGAACAGGUCUCCAACAAUUCGAGAUAUGGUGGUGCGGUGUAUAGCACAGAUGGUGAAUUCUCAAGCUGCUAACAUUCGGUCUGGAUGGAAGAACAUUUUCUCUGUAUUUCACCUAGCUGCAUCUGAUCAAGACGAAAGCAUAGUGGAACUUGCAUUCCAAACAACAGGGCACAUUGUCACCCUUGUGUUUGAAAAACACUUUCCAGCGACCAUUGAUUCUUUCCAGGAUGCAGUGAAGUGUUUGUCUGAAUUUGCAUGCAAUGCAGCUUUCCCAGACACAAGUAUGGAAGCAAUUCGACUUAUUCGCCAUUGUGCAAAAUAUGUGUCUGAUAGACCUCAGGCUUUCAAGGAAUACACAAGCGAUGAUAUGAAUGUGGCACCCGAAGACAGGGUGUGGGUACGAGGAUGGUUCCCAAUCCUCUUCGAGUUAUCCUGUAUCAUCAAUAGAUGCAAAUUAGAUGUAAGAACCAGGGGUUUAACAGUAAUGUUUGAAAUAAUGAAAACUUAUGGCCACACUUAUGAAAAACACUGGUGGCAGGAUUUAUUUAGAAUUGUUUUCAGAAUCUUUGACAACAUGAAAUUGCCAGAACAGCAGACAGAGAAAGCUGAGUGGAUGACAACAACUUGUAACCAUGCACUUUAUGCUAUCUGUGAUGUAUUUACCCAGUACUUAGAAGUGCUCAGUGAUGUACUUUUGGAUGAUAUUUUUGCCCAGCUGUACUGGUGUGUGCAGCAAGACAAUGAGCAGUUAGCACGAUCUGGUACAAACUGCUUAGAGAAUGUUGUGAUUCUGAAUGGUGAAAAAUUUACCCUAGAAAUCUGGGAUAAAACUUGUAACUGCACACUGGAUAUCUUCAAAACUACAAUCCCACAUGCGCUCUUGACCUGGCGUCCCACCUCUGCAGAAACUGUCCCGCCACCUUCAUCUCCUGUGAGUGAAAAACAGUUGGAUACAAUAUCACAGAAAUCUGUAGAUAUCCAUGAUUCUAUUCAACCAAGAUCUGCAGAUAAUAGACAGCAAGCACCAUUGGCUUCUGUCUCUACUGUGAAUGAAGAAGUGAGCAAAAUUAAACCUACCGCAAAAUAUCCAGAACAAAAAUUGUUUGCCGCCCUGUUGAUUAAAUGUGUUGUGCAGCUGGAACUCAUCCAGACUAUCGACAACAUUGUGUUCUUCCCAGCCACGAGUAAGAAGGAAGAUGCAGAAAACUUAGCUGCAGCGCAGAGAGAUGCCGUGGACUUUGAUGUUCGAGUUGAUACUCAAGACCAAGGAAUGUACCGCUUUUUAACAUCACAACAGCUUUUUAAGCUCCUAGACUGCUUAUUAGAGUCACAUAGAUUUGCAAAGGCAUUUAAUUCUAACAACGAACAGAGGACUGCUCUGUGGAAAGCAGGCUUCAAGGGCAAGUCCAAACCCAACCUUCUGAAGCAGGAGACGAGCAGCCUGGCUUGCGGGCUGCGCAUCCUCUUCCGGAUGUACAUGGACGAGAGCCGGGUUAGUGCCUGGGAGGAGGUCCAGCAAAGGCUUUUAAAUGUCUGCAGUGAAGCCCUGAGUUACUUCCUCACUCUAACAUCAGAGAGUCAUCGCGAGGCCUGGACUAACCUCCUGCUUUUGUUUCUGACUAAAGUUCUAAAGAUAAGCGAUAACAGGUUUAAAGCUCACGCAUCCUUCUACUACCCUCUCUUAUGUGAAAUUAUGCAAUUUGACUUGAUUCCUGAACUUCGUGCUGUUCUUAGAAGAUUUUUUCUGCGAAUCGGAGUUGUUUUUCAGAUAUCACAACCGCCUGAACAGGAACUCGGACCAAGCAAGCAGUGAUGGGAAAUUAGUAUUUUUCUGUUGGCGUUUACAUCCCUCUGCUCUUUCAAAGGACCCUGGAGCUGAGGUUUCCUACCUGAAAAAUGGUUUCUCUGAAUUGCAGUGUCUAAAGGUUGCUGGUGAAGAUCUUAGAACUCGGACUCAGACUUGCAGCGCUCCGGUCCUUUCAGUGAUCUGAUGGGUCCUGUUUGUCUUUGGGCUCCCGCUGAGCAGAGAGCCAGUCUCCGGGUCAGCUUGUGCUCACGUGCCCUUCCCUGCUCAGCGGCAGGGAGAGCCCCACAGAUUCUUGGCAGGUGUGGAAGUCUAACUUACCCAAAGAACUAGAGCUGUAAAGAUUUGAACUUCUGCAAGAAGUACAACUCAGGAGAGCUGUAUUUUGAAGGAUAAAAUGUUUAUAACUGGGGAGUGGGGGAGAAGAAAUUAUUGUUCAUGGUAAAAGAUAUUUAGCAACUAUGGUAUUCUUAUUCUGAAGAUUUUUGCACACUCAGGCUGUCUGAGAUACUGCUAAUCAUCCUUCUGUGAAAAAUGUACAGAGAUGCAGGCCUGUAAUAUAAGAAUCUUAAACAUUAUAUAGUUCUUCCUGCACUGUUUUAUUUUCUUUAUUUUCUUAUUCAUUUGCUAAAUACCUAUAAUAUUUUGUCAAAUGCACUAAACAUUUGGGUUGAACUUCUUGUCUUUUUUUAUUUUGUGGGGAUUUUGGUUUUGCCCUUUUUGGGGGUGGGUGGUAACUUUGAAGGUUUAACAUGCCCAGAAGCUGUUAUGGCUGACACUUGUCAUGACCAACGACAAAAGAAGGGUAGGAGCUAUCCCUGACAUGACUACCUGUAAUAUACUUCUCUUAGGGCUUUUAAACAUGAGCCAUUGAAAUAGAAUGAUCCUUCACGGACCGAAACUUGAAUCACUGCAAAAUGAAUCUAGGUUGCUGUCACUUUCUUUUCUUUUGGUGGCGGGGCUUGAUGUAGAUUUUACUCUAUGUACAGAAUGUUGAAUAUAUUAAAAUAACAAAUCUGGCAUGGUUUGAGGAGGUUAGAUUGACUGGAAAUGUAUUCAUACUGUGAAUUGUGCUCUGAUGGUUAAAAAAAUGACAAGAUUGUCAAGCAUUCCAUAUUAACAGUGGGUGUAGAAAAUUUUUUCAGGUGGAUAAAAUGUAUAUGGUACAGAUGUAAAGUUUUCUAUGUAAAAAAAAUUCUGUACAACUUUCUGUACAAUAUUGAUUCUCAUCUGGCAUUCAAAUCAGGUUAUAGGUCAAUAAAGUUUUUGGAUUAUUUCAUCAGUGCAAUCAAAACCUGUGUAAUCCACA